AUGGAUCAGUGGCUUAGUGAAGGUUUAUCUAAAAUAUUAGAUUUUGAGGUUCCAGAGGAUUUAAUAAAGUACAUCUUAUCAAUUGAGAAAGAAAGUGAUUUAAAUGAUUACCUUAGAACUUUAUUAGAUUUUGACAAUUCACAACACAAGAACUUCUAUUUAGAAUUGAUAAAGAAAAAAUUUUCCAAUAGAGCUGGAAACCAAUCAAAGCAGCAAAAGAAGAAAAUAUCAAAGAAUAAACAGCAACAAGAGUUUGUUAGUACGGAUAUACCAAAAGAACCAGUUACUGAGAUUGAAAAUAAAUCUAAAAAGAAAACUAAAUAUGUUAACUUAUAUUCACAAGAAGGCAAGAAUGCUCAGGUUGUGUUUUUGAAAGGUCGCCAUCACUGUGACUGUCAAGCUUCUAAACAUGAUUUGGUUAAUAACUGUUUGCAGUGUGGUCGAAUUGUUUGCAAACAAGAGGGCUCCGGGCCUUGUCUGUUCUGUGGGAAUCUUGUUUGUACUCCAGAAGAACAAAGAGAGAUAAACGCAAAAACAAAGUCUAGCGCUAAACUAAUGGAAUCCUUAAUGGAACGGAACCGACCAAAAGGAUGGGAAGCUGCCAUCUCCCAACGGAAUAGGCUGCUUGAAUAUGAUAGAACAAGCGAGCGUCGUACUCGUGUGACAGACGAUGACAGCGAUUACUUUAGCUCGAACAGCGUGUGGCUGAGCUCAUCAGAACGAGAUAAGCUGCAGGCGUACCAGAAGAAGCUGCAUGAAAACAAACACGCGUCCAGACUUAACAAGAAGAUGACCUUCGAUUUCGCUGGUCGUCAAAUAAUCGAAGAGAAGACAUUAGAUCACGAGGUAGAUGAAGACAAGAUCAGACAAAUUACUAGUAAUAAUACAAAUAGCAGUCAGUUUUUGACACCGGAUCUGUUGCUCGACUCGUCGGCCGACAGAGACGUCGCGCCCGGUGUCAACGCGCCAUUGUUAAAGUUCGAUACAUCGGUUGGCGGUCAAAGUAAUAUUGGAGUUUCUCAGUCGUGGGGCGUGACAGGGCGUGUUCAAGACGGACAACUGUUGGAGAUGAGUGACACUGGGCGCUGUCUCUCCAUGCACCAACCCUGGGCCUCGCUACUCGUGGAAGGAAUCAAGAUGCACGAAGGUCGUACUUGGUACACGUCACACCGCGGCCGACUGUGGAUAGCGUCCACGGUGCGCGCUCCCGAAGACAGUGUUGUACGAGCAUUAGAGAAUCAAUACAGUGUGUUGUAUCCAGAGAAGCAAAUAAAGUUCCCGUCCUUCUAUCCCACGGGUUGUCUCCUGGGAUGUGUGACGGUCGACGACUGUCUGUCACAGGAGGAGUACGCCAAGAAAUAUCCAGACGGUGAGAGUGAUAGUCCGUAUGUUUUCAUCUGCUCAAACCCAAUAAGUUUACGACUAAGAUUUCCAAUUAAAGGGCAGCAUAAAAUUUAUACUUUAGAUAAAACAAUCCAUCAGGCGGCAGUCAAAUGUAUACAGCGAAUGGCUAAAUUACAAGCAGAGGAAACUCGUCUGGCAUGA